AUGAGCGACUCCGAGCUCUCCUCGGUGUUGUCGUCGCCUCCCGCCAGCGACGACGAGGCAAAGGCCAUUGGGCCCAUGGACAAGUUCCUGCAGAAGUCGUCGGCCAAGAAGAAGAUGGCCGCCGCAACCACCGCGCAACCUCCGCCGAGUCCGCCCGUCAAGAGGAAGCGCUCCCCCUCUCCACCGCACGAGGAGGUCCUGGCCGACAAUCCUAUCAUACCUGUCAUCGUCACGUUCCGGGCGCGCCUGUCCGAUGCCUUCCCGCCCAAGUGCCCUCACCUUGGUCCUCAGGAUAUCGAGAAGGGGAUUGUUGAUUCUGCCCCGUCGCCGCAAGUCGAAAGCCUGUUGUGUGCGCUCCUUGGAUUCGCUCUCAACCGCAAGAAACCCGUCGAGAAGGGUCAUUAUGGCCGCGCUCUCGAGGAAACAAUGUCGACCUACAAGUCCGAGUGGCCGUACUCCUGGGGCGGAAUAAACCCUCUGUCUGGCAGCCGUUCUUUCAACGAUAUGAGCCCCCAGGACCGGUUGUCCGUCCUGCAAGCCAUCAUCCACUGGUGCCUCCACGGUUCGGAUGUUAUCAAGGCAAUCAUCAAAGAGAACUAUAAGCAAAGCCGCCAUGACGACGACCUGAACCAGCCGCUUUCUGUGCAGCCCUGGGGCGUGGAUGGCGAUAAGCGUCGCUACUGGCUCAUCGAGGGGAAGGACGACACUCCAUUCCGCUUAUACCGCGAGAGCAACCCGUAUCACAAGAAGGUUCAGUUCCGUAGCGUAGCAGGCUCUAUUGAAGAGCUGCGGGAAGUCGCCCUCAAGCUGGCAAAGGAUGGUACCCAGGCGUCGCGCAGGCUCGGCGAGAGGAUCAACGCCGCCAUCCCUCGCUUCGAAGCUACUGAGGAUAAGCGCAAGCGGCGUGAGUAUCGCAUGCAACGCAAGGCACAGUUUGCUCGUCCUGAGCCUGGCUUCUCGCUGUACGAGGGCCGCACUCGUGGCAAGCGCAUGAAGUACACUUUCUCCGACGAGGAAGAUGAGACUUCCGACGCACUCUCCACUCGUCGCUCCACGCGCCGUGGCACUCCGUCGGACAACAAGCCGAUUGUGACUUCCAGUGGCCGUCAAGUUCGCUCUCGCAUGGGCGGCCUCUACGGCGAAACUCUUCUUAGCGGCCAGAACACGGAACUAGACUCCCCUGGUACCGCGGACUAUGAGCGAUCUGACGCCUCCGAGGGCAUGGGCGGCCGCGCCACUCGCGCCGGUCGCGGCAGGCACGGGGUCCCCCAGCGCAGCAGCAAGCACAUCGACGGCUACAACAGCAUCGAUGAGAUGGACGAUGAAGAAGAAGUGGACGAAUGGGACGGAGGUGAUGAUGAUGACGAUGAGGACUUGGGACUCAACGACGACGAUGAGGAAUCCCUUGCCGAUGACGAGUCGGAUAGCGACAACUACGUCAAGCCCAAGGGUAGUCUCGUGGUCACUCUGCGGAUCCGCCCCGAUCGCCUCGCCGCUGCGAGCAGCCCCCCUCCGCAGCCGAGCAGCCCGCCCGCUACCACCGAAGAGGUUGAGGACAAGAUGGAGAUCGACAGCGGCGUUAACGCCAACACCCAGGCAACUGCUCAAACUUCUGCUUCCUCUAUUGAUACGCCCGCUCCGUCCGUGGAAUCCAAGGCCCAGCCCGCUGCACAGACUGCGGAUUCUGUGUCCAAGCCCACAUCUGGAGAUAAGGUGGCUGCCGAGCCGAUCGCAAAGCUUCCUUCACCCCCUGCUAGUAUCAAUCUGAAGUCGGAGCAACCAGAGGUCAAUGGCAGGCAGGGAAUCCCGAGCACGAUGUCCGCAGAAACUGCUCCGAUUCACUAUCCUGUGCAGCAGCUUCAGUACCUUGCACAGACUGAUCACAGCCUCCAGCCACCCAGUUUCCGGGUCCAGGAUGCAGCCAUGACCGAUCUCCCUCCUACGCACACGUCGCAAUGA